UAGCUUCAGUCUUCAGAGUGAUAAACCCAAUCCCAAGUGGAAUUUCAAAAGGAUUUCUUUCAGCAAAUUUUCUGUGGGCACCAGAGAUCCACGCAAUAAUAAAAAUGGAAAUAUCCAUUUCAAGAUUGCCUGCUAAGAAGCCAGAUUUCCACCACCUCAUAUCACAAACAUCCAUUGCCACGUCAGAGGAUAGCAUCCCAUCUCCCUUACCAAUAGGAUUCAUUCUCUAGAGAUAACAAAGCCCUCAAUGCAAUCAGACCACACAUAUUCUCUGGUGAGUAAUCAACCUUCCCCUCCCAUCAUAUUAAAACCCCUCUCACCCUCUCCUUUCCUACUUGGUUUCCAUUCCAGUCACAUAAUAAGCUAAGAGGUGCAUACACAGUUAAUAUCAAGAAGAAUCAGAAAUGGCGAGUGUUACCUCUGCUGCUGUUGCCAUUCCCUCCUUCACUGGCCUCAAGGCAGCGGGCGCAUCAUCCUCUUCCAGGACUGCUGUCAAGUUGGCUGCAGCUCCCACCCCAAAGCUUGCAAUCAAGGCCUCCCUCAAGAAUUUUGGUGCUGCCGUGAUUGCCACCGCCGCUAGUGCAUUGCUGGCGACCAACGCCCUGGCUGCUGAGGUUAAGCUUGGCUCUGAUGACGGUGGGCUUGCCUUCGUCCCCAGCGAACUCUCUGUGGCUUCUGGAGAGACCAUUGUGUUCAAGAACAAUGCGGGCUUCCCUCACAACGUGAUUUUCGAUGAAGAUGAGAUUCCGUCUGGAGUUGAUGCUGCCAAGAUCUCCAUGAAUGAGGAGGACCUGCUGAAUGCACCUGGAGAGACUUACUCUGUCACUUUGACAGAGAAGGGAACUUACUCUUACUACUGUUCACCUCACCAGGGAGCUGGCAUGGUUGGCAAGAUCACUGUAAACUGAAGUACUAAUUCCAAUCUUUUGUAAAACUUUUCUCGGAAUUUUAAUAAUCUCAAUUUUCCUGUUUAUUUC